GCUUUUUUAUUUUUUACAACAGCAAUAAAGAAAAUGGCACCAAGCACACUCUUCCGCUCGGAGGAGAUGUCACUUAUUCAGUUGUACAUCCCUGCUGAAGUUGCCCAACCUUGUGUUGCAGAGUUGGGUGAACUUGGCAAAGUUCAAUUCAGAGAUCUUAAUCCCGAUACCAAUGCCUUCCAGCGUUCAUUUGUUUCUGAAAUUAGAAGACUCGAUGAGAUGGAACGUCAAUGUCGCUUCUUCCAAGCUCAACUUGCUAAGAGUGAGAUUCAUAUCCGUCCUUUAACACCAGCUGCUUAUCGUUCUCGUGCUCGUUCCGCUCAAGAAGUAGAUGAUCUUGAAGAAAACCUCAAGGAAUAUGAAAGUCGUGUUUCUCAAAUGAAUACCUCUUAUGAAGACCUUCAACGUCGUUAUCUUCAGUUAACCGAGAUGCGUCAUGUCUUGAGAGAAUCCAACACCUUUUUCCAACAGACGGAAUCUAGACAGGAUACACUCCGUCAAUCUCUUGACGAACAAGAUGAUUCUGCACCUCUUUUGGACAAUGACGUUGAACAAGUUCAACAUGAUUUAGACCAUAUGCAUCUUGGUUACGUUACCGGUGUCAUCCCUCGCGCUCGUAUGCAAACCUUCGAGCGUGUUCUCUGGCGUUCGCUUCGUGGUAACUUGUAUCUGAAAUCCGCAGAAAUCGAUGAGCCUAUUGUAGAUCCCGACACCGACGGCGUUCUUGAUAAAAAUGUCUUCUGUAUCUUUGCUCACGGUAAUGAAAUUAUUGCCAAAGUAAAGAAGAUUUCAGAGAGUUUAGGUGGUACCUUGUAUCCUGUAGAGGAUUCGGCUGAUAAGCGCCGUGAUUCUCUUUUGCAAAUCACCGGUCGUAUUGAGGACCUGAAUAAUGUCUUGUCUACUACAAAUCAAGCACGUCGCUCCGAAUUACUCAAGGUCGCUGAAAAUGUUACUGCUUGGACUACCAUUGUUCGCAAAGAAAAGGCUAUAUACCAUACCAUGAACUUGUUCAAUUAUGAUGCGAAUCGUAAAUGUCUUAUUGCCGAAGGUUGGUGUCCUUCGAACGACACUGCUCUCGUUCAACAAGCUUUAAAGGAUGCCACUGAUGCCUCUGGUACCAGUCUUCCAUCUAUUUUGACCGAGUUACAAACGAAAAAGGUACGCCCUACGUAUCAUCGUACCAACAAAUUCACUGAGGGUUUCCAAGGUAUCAUUGAUGCUUAUGGUAUUGCUCGUUACCGUGAAGUCAAUCCCGGUCUUUUUACGAUUGUUUCUUUCCCUUUCCUUUUCGCCAUGAUGUUUGGUGAUAUUGGUCAUGGUAUGAUUCUCUUCUUGAUUGCGCUUUACCUUUGUCUCAACGAAAAGAAGUUAGCCAGUAACAAUGACGAGAUCUUUAAAAUGGUAUUCAGUGGUCGUUACAUGAUGUUGAUGAUGGGCUUCUUUUCUAUUUUUACGGGUAUGGUGUACAACGAUAUUUUUGCACUCUCCUUAAACAUCUUCAAGUCUGGUUUUGAUUUACCUUCCAAUUACACUUCAUUCGAGUCCGUCGAGAGUAUACCCAAUGGAAACGUCUAUGCUUUUGGUUUUGAUCCUGCAUGGCACGGAGCCGAAAACUUUUUGUUGUUUUCCAACUCGUACAAGAUGAAGCAAGCUAUUGUGAUGGGUGUGAUUCAUAUGUCCUUUGCCAUUUGUUUAAAUGUUUUCAAUCAUGUUUAUUAUAAGCGUAAGGCCUUUGUCUGGCUUGAAUUCUUACCUCAAAUUUUGUUCAUGGAAUCUAUCUUUGGAUACCUCAUCUUUUGUAUCAUGUACAAGUGGAGUGUGAACUGGUGGGAAUUGGAUUCCCAAGGUCAUCAUAUUCGUAAUGCUCCUCCUAAUCUCUUGAACAUGUUGAUUUAUAUGUUCUUGUCACCCGGUUCAGUGAACCCUGAAGAACAAUUGUUUGCAGGUCAAGGUCCUGUUCAACUUGUGUUGAUCUUAUUGGCUGUCAUCUGUAUCCCUUGGAUGUGGUUUGGUAAGCCUUUAUACCUCAAGAAAGAAGCUAGCAAGCAUCAUUAUGAGACCGUUGCUGCUGAUGAUGUCAACACCGAUGAAGAACAACGUGUUGAAGAAGUGACUGAAGAAGACGAAGAAGAGGAGGAAGAGUUUGAUUUUGCUGAAGUCAUGAUCCAUCAAACGAUUCACACGAUUGAAUUCUGUCUUAAUUGUAUUUCCAACACUGCAUCUUAUCUCCGUCUUUGGGCUUUAUCUCUUGCUCACGCUCAAUUGUCAAGUGUAUUAUGGGAUAUGACACUCAAGAUUUGGUUUAAUAUGACAGGACCUCUUGCUGUUGCUGGUCUCGUCAUUGGUUUCUCCAUGUGGUUUGUCUUGACCCUUGGUAUCUUGUUAUGUAUGGAAGGUCUUUCCGCAUUCCUUCACGCAUUGCGUCUUAUUUGGGUCGAGUUCGACAGUAAGUUUUAUAAUGGUGAUGGUGUCAAUUUUGAACCCUUCACUUUUGCCACAUUAUUUACAGAGUAAAAAUAUAAACAUGUAUAUCUUAUAUUGGGUCUUUAUUAUCUAAGGCAAAUAAACUCUAUUUUGUAUUCAAUAUUAUAAAAAAAAAA